AACAACACUUUAAACAUUCAGCAGUUUAACUACAGCCCUCACCCUUACCACUUGCCAAACUUUAUGGACAUCUUCACUUGGUCUAUUCCCUUCGUCUCCGAAAAAGUCACUGAAAUGCUGUACGGCAUUUUAAACCCUUCACUGGAAGAGGGAGAAGAAGACGAAGAGAUCGACAAUGUUGAACUGCCUCCGGAGGUAGUAAAGAUAAUGCGUGCGAACAUCGUGCUCGCGGAAGAGGGAACAGCCCCCAGAA